AUGCCUAUCGGCACAAAUAACCAUCACGUUGAUGACGCUCAGGCGAUCCAGUUCAUCCGGGGCACGGACGAGCAGACGAUCCCUGACGUGCGGCUGACCAAGUCCCGGGACGGCAGCAACGGCGUGGCCAGCUUCAUGUUCGAGCAGCCGUCGGUGUUCGACUCGUCGGCGGAGCUCGGGACAUCACGGGCCUCUACAUGA